GCAAGUGGACACACACUUCCCUCUUGAGAGAAAGCCCGACUCCCGGAGAAGGAAGGACCCGGCACCCUAAGCCUGGCACUGCCCCAGUGUGGCACUGGCCAUCCUCACCGCUGGCGGAACGGCACCCCGGAGGGAACCUGAGCCACCUGCUGUUUCCUCUCUCUCGCCUUUCCAACCUCAUAAAGACUGGUAUCGGAGCCAGGCGUCCUGACGCCCUUUCACACACACACACACACACCCUUUCCCCCACCCCACCCCACGCCCACCACACACACAGCAGAGGUUUACCCCGGAGGCUUGGCUGCUGACCCACUUUCCACUCCGGCUCCAAGCUGCCAGACCUCAGUACUGCCCACAACCGUGCUUCUUGACUGGCGACCCAUCCUCCAAAACCGGCCACCGGCCCUGGACGAAAAUCCUGGAUCUAUCCCUCCGUAACUCUUCUGGCUUUAACCCCCCGGGGCUCUUUUGGCCCCUGAGCUCUUGGCCCCCAGCCCCUUCCCAAAGGACGCUGAGACCUUGCAAAUGAGUCCCCCGACCUCUCUGACCCUCAGAGCAUCCUCCGACCCCGAGCCUCCCAGCGGCAACUGCAGCGGCAUCACCUUCUUGCGGGAAGAUGGCGACCCGGUGGUGAGCUCGCUGAUGUUCGCGGCCGGCGUGGUCGGCAACGUGGCGGCCCUGGCCAUCCUGGGGGUCCACCGGAAGGAGCUGCGCACCAAGACCUCCGCCUUCUGCAUCCUGGUGACCGGCCUGGCCCUCACGGACCUCCUGGGCACCUGCGUCCUCAGCCCCGUGGUCUUUGUGGCCUACUCGCGCAACGCCACGCUGCUGGGGAUGGUGGACGGCAAGAGCUGGCUGUGCAACCUCUUUGCCUUCACCAUGAUGUUCUUCAGCCUGGCCGCCAUGAUGAUUCUGUGCACCAUGGCGGUGGAGCGGUGCCUGGCCAUCAGCUACCCCUACUUCUACUCGCAGCACAACAUACGGCGCUGGACGAAGUUGGCCCUGCUCGCCAUCUACGCCUUCAGCACCUUCUUCUGCGCCUUGCCCUUCCUGAAGGUGGGGAAGUACAAGCAGUACUGCCCGGGCACCUGGUGCUUCGUCCACAUGGACAAGCGCUAUGACGUGGCCUUCUCCCUGUCCUACGCCACCUUCAUGGCCCUCCUCAUCCUCGCCAUCUUCGUCUGCAAUGCCCUGGUGAGCAUCAGCCUGUGCCAGAUGUACCUCAAGCAGAAGGCCCGCAGGCGGGGCUCCAUCAACGUGGCCCAGCGCCGGCGCAAGAGCUGGUUCAGCCACGGGGAAGAGGAAGUGGACCACCUGGUCUUGCUGGCGCUCAUGACGGUCAUCUUUGUCAUCUGCUCCUUGCCUCUCACG